ACAGCGCGAGCGAGAGCCGUGGAGCUUCGGUCGCGCGGCGCGGUAGUUGCGGCACGUUACUCCGUGGCGACGCUGCGUCGUUCUGUUGAUCGCGGAGAGCGGCUCUCCGCGUUUUUUUUCCUCCGCCCGGCCCGGUGGGAGUGUGCUAUCGCGUUAUCGUCGCGCGCGACGGGACUAAUUGCGGCAAUUUACGUCGUCGCCGGCGACAAUAACAACGGGACACGUCGUGUCGAGAGAGGGAAAGAGAAAGAGAGAAAGAGCGCCGCACGGCGACGUUCGCGUCGCGCGCGCGCGCGCACGCACGCACGCACCCAGCGUGUCUCUCGCUCCGCGGAGAGAAAUCGCGGCUGCAGCACUUCCGCCUCUGUCCCGAGGACCGCACCGCACCGGAUGCACGGUACGGGAGAGGCGACAGUCGAGCCGGCGCUGGUAGAUUCCAACGUGCCUCUAGCCUAAUUUAUUCGCGACAUCAUAUCGCGAAUUGGGAAACAUGUACGGCACAUUACAAUGGCUCGAUCAUGGCUAGGCUGUCUGCUCGGCGUCUUAGUACCGUCCGUGGUCUUUUAUUUGUACCUGCUGUUGAACGUCCCCUCCGCGGAGGUUAUAGGCAAAUCGAGCAUCGGCGGAGGCAAGUGGCGAUCGUUAUCAGUGCAGGCGGUGGAGAGAUCGAAUUUGCGGACGGAGGAUCGCUCUCCCGAACAGUCGCAGUUAAAAAACAAUUUCGAGGUGAAAUGCGACACGAUACACGUAGCCAUGGUGUGCGCCGGAUACAACUCAACCUUCGCCGUCGUAACCGUAGCGAAGUCCAUUCUGUUUUAUCGCACGAAUCCGUUGCAUUUUCAUUUGCUCGUCGACGAAAUUGCGAGGAAAACGCUUUCGACGCUGUUCCGAACGUGGGAUUUGCCACAUGUAAACGUAACGUUCUACGAGGCUGAGAUUUGGGUGCCGAGGGUCUCGUGGAUACCGAACAAGCACUAUUCCGGGGUGUACGGUCUCCUGAAGUUGAUACUGCCGGACGCGAUGCGGGAGGACCGGGUGCUCGUACUGGACACGGACGUGACCGUUCUGACGGACAUGCAGCCGCUGUGGAGGAUGUUCGAGAGAUUCUCGGCCGGCCAGAGUCUGGGCCUGGUCGAGAAUCAGAGCAACUGGUACGUGAAGGCGCUGUCGUACGGCCAGCGGCCGUGGCCGGCUCUGGGCCGCGGUUUCAACACCGGCGUGAUGCUGAUGCACCUGCGACGUUUGCGGGACGGAGGGUUCGCGAGGUCCUGGGAGAGCGUGACGAAACGCGUGCUGGGGCACAUACCAGAGACCAGUCUGGCCGAUCAGGACGUGAUAAACGCGGUGAUCAGCGAGCGGCCGGGUAUCGUGUACGAGAUAGAGUGUACCUGGAACAUACAGCUGAGCGAUCACACGAUAAGUGACACGUGCUAUCGCGACACGAAUCGCAUAAACAUCCUCCAUUGGAAUUCCCCGCGAAAGCAAGACGUUCACAAUAAGCACGUUAACGAGUUUCGAAAACUGCACCGCGUCUUCCUCGAGAUGGACGGCAAUCUGUUGCGAAAGCGCUUGUUCGGCUGUGACAAGCACGAGAGCGCGCUUCCAUACAACGAAUUGAGCCCGUGUCGAGAAUUCGAGAAAGGCGCUACCAUUUUGUAUCGCACGCAUCCCUUCCUGCUCGAAUACGAGUACAACGUGCAUUCGCCGACGGAUGUUGCUCUAGUCACUCAGUGUAGCGUCGAGAGGAUACCGCUGUUGGAAGCGUUAUCGAAACACUGGCCGGGGACCAUAAGCGUCGCGCUUUACUUGACCGACGCGGAGGUUCAGAAUUUCCUGGAUUUCGUGCGAGGCUCCGCGGAUUUGCGGACGAGAAGGAACAUCGCUUAUCACGUCGUGUACAAAGACGGGGAUCUUUACCCUAUCAAUUAUUUAAGAAACACUGCGAUAUCAUACGUACCAACUCCAUUCGUUUUUCAACUUGACGUCGACUUUUUGCCGCAAUUUGGACUGUAUGAAAAUAUCAUGAAUUAUAUCAACCGAUUAAAUAUCAACGAGUCGGACAAAGUAGCUCUGAUCGUGCCAGCAUUCGAAACUGAACGCUAUAGGUUCACGUUCCCCGCCAACAAAGAGGAACUGCUGAAGUUUCUUAAACGCGGUAUUCUGUACACGUUUCGUUAUCAUGUCUGGACACAGGGACACGCUGCCACGAAUUACAGCCUUUGGCGAAACAGUACGGAGCCUUACCAAGUUUCAUGGGAGCCGGAUUUCGAGCCUUACAUAGUAGUUUCGAGAUCCGCUCCGCGAUACGACACCCGAUUUGUCGGAUUUGGUUGGAAUAAAGUUUCCUACGUGACCCAUUUAACGGCGCUAGAUUAUAAAUACAUGGUUUUACCAGAUACCUUUAUUAUUCAUCGCCCUCACGCUCCGAGUUUAGACAUCGGAAAAUUUCGAACAAAUUCUGUUUAUAGAAGAUGUCUUAAAAAGCUGAAAGAUGAAUUUGUCAACGAGCUGGUGGCGAAGUACGGCGAGACUGCACUGUCGAAACUAAAGAAAGAGACCAAAGAAGAGAAAACUUAAGAAAUUAUAUAAUUUUAAUAUUUUAAAUUAUACAAAAUACAAUGAUGUUCACAAGAGUUCGUUAUAUUUUUACUAAAAAAUUUGUGGAUUAUUGAAAUACGAUUGUGAAAAAUCCGUGUAUUGCAGCUAUUUUCUUAACAAAAAAAAUAUAUAUACACAUCCUUUUAAACAAAACAUUGCGCAUUACUUACCAAUCCCAAUAACAAUAAUAAAUAUAUCUGAAAAAAAAACAGGUGGUAAAAACGGAUCAGAUUUGGGAUCGGGAAAUAUUUAUUAAAAUUUAACCCAUAUAUUUAGUGGAGUGUACAGAGUGGUGCUUUUUCAGUACAUUAUUGUAAUAUUACAAUCACACUAAAUAUUUCAUUUAUAAAAUAUGUAUAAUAUUUACAGCGCCAGUAUGUUAAUGCAUUGUACAUACAAAUUAUAUAAUCGCGGCCAAGAAUUUAUAUUUGAACCACCUGAAAAUUGAGACGUUAAUUACAAGGCAAAAUAUCUCUUUUUUUCAUAAAUAAUUACAGUAAUGACGACAAUAAUGGCGGCGUAUUAGUAACUACAUAGCGUAAAUGUAAUAAUUGUAGCAAUACCUUGAAAAAUAAUAUAGCAAUACUAAAAAUAUAGUAAUGAUAAUAGGAAAACCAGUAUAAUAAAAGUAAUAAUAAAUCGUACAAAUAGUAAGAAUACAUUAGUAGGAAUAAACGGGGUAAAAAUAUUCCGUUAACAAUGAUGAAAAUUUUUUCUCGAUCGUCGACACUUUUUCUAACGCAUGUGGAACCUGGCAGGAAACGCGAAUGUUACAGAUUUCGGAUUAAGAUUAUUAUCUACAACAUACGACACGCAGAUAUAAAUCAUUUACAUUCACAUUAUCAUUCCGACUUACAUGUCGUUCGCGAUAGAAACAUUUUUCGA